AGGUGAGCUAUAUAAGCUUGUCUCCCACCCUCGGCCUCUAUCUCUUCUGGUUUCACGUUUCAAAGUCGUAAUAAUGGCCAAACUCAUCGCUUGGGUGAGGAAACACCUGGUGUUCAGACCAGGUCGCGAAAAGCAAUCCGCAGACCAGCUACCGUUCCUCUCCUCGCCACGACGUCCUAUCACGCCAACGUCGUUCGGUACACCAACAUGCCUCCUCUUCCAGCUGCCCUACGACAUCCGGAGUAUAAUCACCUUCAUAGCUUUUGGUGGACGUACCUUCCAUGUGGAUGUUGUGCACCAAGAGGGGACCUGGCAAUGGAGAGGCGGCGUCUGCAUUCGGAACAGGCCAGAGUUGCUGCCAUCUAUGCGGUACGGUUGGCUUGGCCCGUGUUUCGACCUGUGCACAAGGGAGAUGGACAGCUGCAAGCGCACAGGGAAGACCUCGAAUGCGCACGACAUCGGCAUUAUGGGUUUUCUGCUGUCGUGCAGGCAGGCAUAUACUGAAGGCAUUGAUAUCUUGUACUCUGCCAACUGCAUCAGCAUCAAGACCGAACCCCUGCUCCUUCACCUCCCCAAGCUUAUCCUGCACGACCGGCUCGCAUCGAUUACUUCCCUCGAGAUGAUCGUCGAGGCGCACGAUGCCGAGCAAGAGAAUGGCAGAGCAUCCUUCAAACUGGACCACCUGGAGCCAAUCCUCGACAAUGUCGUCACGCACUGCCGCCACCUCCGCCGACUCUGCUUGUCCUUCACUGUCUGGCAACGUCACGGCCACGAUCUACUCGAUGGCCCAGCGCUGCCCUUGGUCGACGCCUUCUGGAGGUCCACGCAGUUGCGCAACAUGAGGGUCGAGCUGCCUACCCGGGAUUACUCAGCGGCAACGAUAUCUGAGCCCAUGAUUGACCAUCCGCGCGAGGCGCCAAUCAAGAGACUGUUCGGCAGAUCGCGAUGGAGGUCUUUGGAUAGUGAAGAGCCCAAGAUACAGUAUAGGUCCAUCGAGCGCUACCCUUACCCGCCUCUAAAGCUGCCGGUAGUUAACGACGGGGUCAAGAGCGAGGAGAGUUUGGGAUAUUGGAUUUGCGAGGGCCACGAGGGAUUGCACCCAGGAUAUCACAACUGUGGAGUACCUUACUUCACGUAACAGAACUUAAUAAUUUUAAUCUACAGUUUAGUAAAGCAAUAG